GAUAAGCUAGCUGAAUAUUGUUGCUUCAAAUUAGUUGGUGUAUUUUAGUUAGUUUUGCUUCAAAGGCUCAGCUCUGCACACUAUUAUUUUGCUGAAUAAUGUCAUCAUCGGAUAGUGCUAAAAAUUAGAAACCAUAUUCUUAGUUUUCCUGUGAAAUAUACUACGAUAAUAUGGAAAGCUACAACCUCCUCGAUGAUGAAGAAGAACUCAUUCGUUUACUUGAAGAUGACAAGGCAGAUGAAGAAGAGGAUACACCUUAUGAAAAAAGAACUAGUGCCAGAGUCUGAAUCAGAAUGGGAUAAUAGUGAUGAAGAUCCAGAUUGAAACCUAGACAACCAGCAAGAAAGCUUUGCAAAUAGACUACAAGAGGAUAUCAGGAAAACGGUAGAAGAAAUACGAUGAUUGGAAGAAGAAAAAAAGAACCAACCAUCCUCAUCGAAGAGAAAUAAGAAGAAUGAAGAUGAAAUAGAAAUAUUACAUCCAAAAAGAGAAAAACACAGGAAACCGAAAUUCGAGUGGAACAAAGCAUAAGAGAAGAAGAAAAUCAAAAAAGAAUUCUCAGAAACUAGAACACCAACCUUUAGCUUUGAAAUAAAUACAUAAUAAUAUUACAAAAAAUAUUUUACACAAAAUAAAUAUUUAUAAAUAAAUGACUACCGGUACUUGAUAAGUCACUUUUUCGUAGAAUUACUAGAAUCCACAUUUUUUCGAAGACACAAAAGGUUUUGGCUAAUUAUAAACUCUAAAUUUUUCCAGAAUUAUUCGUACGGUACCGUAUAUGAUGUCAAUAUCUUUUAAACGGUUUGUGAUAUCGAUGUUCGGUUUUCAUCAUUCUUUUUCACUUGAAAUUUCGUAUUUGUGUUAUAAAUGUAUUGUAUGACCACCUUCACAUUCAAAGAGAUUAAACAACUUUCAAAAUGGUGGAUCCUAGACAGCGGAUCACAAGGUUACGGAAAAGUAUCUACCUAGUAGCCUCGGCUAUUUUGAAUUUGAGAUCCCCAAUCACACCUACAAUGAAGUUAAUAUUGUUUGAGAAAUAUUGAGCCAUGCAUUUUCAUACUUUUCACCAACUCUAAAUAUUCAAAUUUAUUUUAAGGAUUGAAAAUCUCUCUUCGAAAAUAGUACGGUACCUAAUGAUUGUAUGUGUGCAAUUUCGUUGUUGCAGGAAGUAUGAAUUUAAUGAAGAAUUACUUCACCGAACAGUUUGAUAAGAUUAAGAGCCAAAUAGCAGAAAUAAAUGCUCAACGGAUAAAAAGUGACCAGCCUUCAUCGGCAAUGGAUACCAUGCCACCAAUCUCCGAUGAAGAGAAUGACAAAUUGGUAGCCGAUUGGUUUCCACUAUCAAAUUUGAAACAAUUUGAGGACUUGGAAAUGCGCCUGAAGGAUGCAGAUUUCGGGGAGAAAAUUGUUUGUGCUUGGACGACUCUUGGGGCUGGCAGUAGCAGCAGCUCCAGGGCACUGACAUGGAUGCUGAGAAAUUCCAUGUCAGCGGAUUUAACAUCCAUGUUUUCAUGGAGUGGCCAAAAAAAAGGCAGUGAAGAAAAUGACAUUCAACGAAACGAAUUUCCAGAAAGUUUUAUUCAAUAAAUAAUGCCUAGAACAUAUAAGAAGAAGAAGGCCGCUCCUUCUUACACUCUGGAAGAUCUUCAAGAAGCUGUGAGGAUGGUGAAGGAGAAGAAGAUGAGCCAGAGGGAGGCGGCAAAGAAGUAUGAAAUUCCGAAAUCUGUCAUACAGCUGAGGAUCAGUGGGAAAGUGAGCUUGGAUCAUCAAGGUGGUGGGCGACGAAGAACACUGACUGAUGAAGAAGAAAAUACAAUAGUAGACUGUCUUAUUGCAAGAGCAGAAUUUGGUUACCCAUGUGAUCGCAUGGAACUUAUGCAACUUGUAGGCGAAUACAUCAAGGCCAAUGACAUAAAAAACGUUUUUAAAGACAAUACACCAGGUGAAGACUGGUACCUUGGGUUCAUGAAACGACAUAGCCGACUAUCAUUAAAAAAAGCCGAACACCU